ACCUACUGGAGGUUUAUUUAACGCUUCGUCGUCGAUGUGUAUUACGAGUUACCGAGCAAAAAAUUACUACGGUUAUAAUACUAAAUUUCCUUUAAGCGGUACAAACGCUUUGAUAAUGGCUAGACGUGGGUUUUAUUUAUCUCUGUUUUUAGUGUUUAGUAUCGCCGCAGCGGCACCAACGAAACAUGUUGAACGAGCAAGGCAUUCAUCACAAACAGAAAAAGCAAUCGCCGCAAUCACACCUAAAUAUCCAGUGGAGGAUAUGCAAUUAAUGCAACCGCAUUAUAUAACACUUGAAGAUUUCGAGUCACUACUUCGUCGUGCUGGUGAACUCUUUCGUCCAAAUGCGUAUCUCGUAGAUGAUACCACAACAACGCCCUCACAACAAAAUAACGACAGGAAAUCUUCAGUUACAGCUGCAAGUGUGCCUGCACCGUAUCAGCAAAUUCAGUCGCCUGCAGUGCAACCGUUUAACUUUUAUAUGCCACUUUUCGAGUUUCAACAUAGCAAAUCGGAUAUGAAAAGUAAACAUAUGCAGUUUAUUGCACCACCUCCUGUGCCCAGUAAAGCGGCCAAUACAAUUAAUUAUUACGCCACAAAACCAAAGAAGCUGCCGAAAAAAUUUAACGCGGACACUAAACAAGUGAAUUUGAAAUGGUUAAAUACUUUCGAAAAGGAAGCGCUAAGCGAUGCAAGUGGACAGUUGCCAAAAGCUGUGUAUAUGCUCAAUGAUGAACGUAAUCGUAUUAAUUUUGAUGAUUCGUUCUUUGGCGUUGACAUGCAAGUUAAAAUUCCGAAUAACCAACCACAUAAGGAGGACCACAGCUACAGUGCAGGUGCGCGCGGACAAGAUGAAUUUCUUAAUCAGGGCGAAGAUGGUGGUGAGGAUGAUUUGGUGGCGGCCGCAGCUGGACAGUUGGAGCAAUCCGUUUCACAAGUCUAGUAUAAGAGUUCAGUCAUAAUUUAUUACUUACAUUUUUUGUAUGUACCUUUGCGUACAUACAUAUACGCAUAUGUUGUAAAUAUACCCUAAGUGUGUUUGUGAGGUCUUAUAGCAAAUAAAAUCUGUAAAAUCCGCAAAUCUGUGAGUUAAGCCUUAAAGGGAAAUCACUAUACUUUUUAAGGUAAUGACGAAUCUUACACUCUUACACUCAAACUUCUUUAGAUAUAUAGAAAAAUUCGUUAUGCAAAUGUUUAAGGUUUUUUUUUUUUUAUAAAAAGGCUCAAUAAUAAAAGGUUUAUUAAAAGGAAUGUUAGAAUCGUCACAGA